GCCGGAAGAGGACGAGUACGUGAAAUAGCUAAAUCUGUUUUGUUUUUUGAGUAGCUUGAUCUCACGACAUGCAUGUUUUUCUGCUUAAUUUCGUUGAUUAAUGUACUUUCUUGCUUGCAGACUUCUCAAGGGAUUGGUGGCUCAUUAUGGGAAUCGGAGAUGGGAGGAGAUUUCAAAACACCUCCCAGGACGGAUUGGGAAGCAGUGCCGUGAGCGCUGGACAAAUCACCUGCAGCCCAACCUCAAGAAUCAAGCCCCGUGGACCGAGGAGGAGGACAGGAAGCUGAUCGAGGAGCACAAGACCUUAGGGAACAGUUGGUCAAAGAUCGCAAAACGCCUCUUCGGUCGAUCGGAGAACUCCAUCAAGAAUCAUUGGUACGGGACAAAGCGGGGCCUAACAUCGAAGGGUCGGUUCAGGAAGCGUCGGUUCUCCCUCCUCGAGGAGUAUAUCCGCAGCACAACCGCGGGUGACAAGAGCGUGGCAUCACCAUCGCAGUCAUCCGCUCCGCCGCCCGGCCUCGGGAGUGGCGGCCAGGUCGUUCCAAGUGCCUCUGCAAUGCUGGCCGUCUCCAGCCUACCCGGGAUGGGUACGUACCUCCACCCAGGCAAUGCGCCUGGAUCAUCGUCCCAGGGAGCGACCAUGAACUUGAGCUCGCUGCUGCCAGAACUCAAUACCUACAGCGGUGAGAUGCAGCAGCGAUACAACUCCUCCCCGUCCUUCCCGCCCAACAACCUGCUGCACUAUGGACCACCGCCGGCAUCUCAGCAAAUGUUUAGCCAGCGCCUACAGGGGCAGGAUGCAUGCGCGAAUGUGAACCUGUCCUCGUUACUCAAGAGUCUCGGUCUUGGUGGCAGCUACUACUGCAGCGAGACGGGCCGCACAAGCGCCGGUGGCAUCGAUGAUCUGGACAACAUCAACAUCGUCUAG